AGCGCAAUAUGAAGGCGGAGUCAAACAGUAGCUCCUCUCAAUAAAUCCAUAUUUUCUGAAAUGACACAAUACUCUAAGGCUAUUUGUUAACUUGUCCAUGACCAUAUAGGCCUAACCAAGCGUAAGAUAAUUUCCCCCACAAUCCGAUUAUUUUUCAGUGUAUGGUAAAUUACGAUACUUUACCCCCAACCGUGCAAGUGAGAGAUGAAAAGUUACUUCGUUCUCGAUUGAAAUAUCACAGAAUUUCCAGAAAUCAAGUCAAACUGCAUAUCAUCAUGUGGCCCGAUAUUUUCUAUUUAGUUGUGUUUAGUUUAAUUGGCCAUCAUGCUUUUGCAUCAGCAAAUUGUCCCCUAGAUGAAUACAGAGUGGGAAUCGAAUGUUGCCCUUCAUGCCCGCCUGGAUGGCUUGUUGAAAAGGACUGCGCAGAGAGAAGCAUGACAAAGUGCUCAAUGUGCCCCGGUGGUACUUUCCAAGCAGGCCGUAAUAAACUGAAACAAUGCUCUACCUGUACAAAGUGUGACGCAGGUCUCGGCCUGAAGGAGAAGAAGUCUUGUUCAUCAACAUCAGAUGCUGAGUGUGAGGUCCUGGAUGGAUUCUUCUGUAGUGACUCUAACAGAGGUGGAUGUAGGACCGCUCAGAGACACAUGGUUUGCAGUCCUGGUCAAUACAACGGUCAAAGAGGAGCAGCAGAUAAAGACACAGAGUGCCUUCCAUGUGCUGAUGGAACAUUCUCAGAUGGCACAUCAUCGUCUUGCCAGCCCCACACAAGAUGUGAAUCUGUGGGACUGGAACUGAUGAAACCAGGAACUGAUUCAACUGAUUCUGAAUGUGGAGAACACACACAAGUACUGAAGGCAGUAAUAUCAGGGACCCUCUUAAUAGGAAUCUUCACUGUGCUGUUCAUGGGUUACUGUUGGAGAUAACAGACAAUAGUUAGGCAUCAACACGUCCUGCAACGCCUUCUCAUCUUGAAUAUGAUGAGUGACUUAUUUAUCUGACUGAUUAUCUUUUUUGCAAUAUCAAGUAUGCUUAAAGGCAGCGUGUUCUUUAUCCUGCAAUAUGCACUAUUUAAUAUAUUGUUGAAAAUUAUUUUUACAAAAAUCCCCAACCAGUGGUAAGCUGAUUUAUUUUUGUAAGCUACGCGUUUCGCUGUUGCUUCGUCAGGUACACUCUUCUUGGGAUACUGUGAAUUUGAUGAAUAUAGCUCUCUGACAUGUAUAAGUAUGGAGUUAGCUUCUAUAUAUUUUUUUGUAUUUGUAUUUUUCCAGUACAUUAUAUUUUCCUAUAGUGUAUUCCUAACCUGUAAUAUGUAUGUAUGUAUGUAUGUAUGUAUGUAUGUAUGUAUGUAUGUAUGUAUGUCUGUCUGUCUGUCUGUCUGUCUGUCUGUCUGUCUGUCUGUCUGACUCUCUGUCUGUCUGACUCUCUGUCUGUGUCUAUCUAUGGCUGUGUCUAUCUAUGUCUAUAUAUUUAUGAGAUGGUUGCCCUCCAAACGGUCUGUUUGGUUGAGCUGCUGCAAGCAACCAAAGCCAAUGCUGAAUGUAAAUGUAUUUUUUUUGGGCAGAUGAGGUAAACAUUAUAGAACUAAAGUAAAAGCGUAGAGAAGAGGAUAACUUCCAUUCGUAGCCUCGUCUCAUCAGGAAACUGAACACACACACAGUGAUCAUUUGUGAUCACUGUUUUUAUUUUUAUUUUUCCAACCUUGACUUCAGCAUUAGCUGGGCUACUGAUUGAAAUGCGACAUUGCAAUAUAAAUAAUAAUAAAAAAAAUACAAUACUAUCAUAAAA